CCACUCCCACCGCUCCUCGGCCCUCCUCCUUCCUUCCUCCCUCUCCCUCCUCCGUCCCCUCUCUUGGCAAGACCUGUCCGCGCACCCGAUUGCCUCUCGAUCCUCUCGAGAGUCUCGGGGGCUCUAGGUCUCUCACCGCUCUGUCUGCGCCCAUCUGUGUUCCUCUCCGUCUCUGUGUCAGUUUCUAUCUCUCUGUUUAUCUCUGCCUCUCUGUGUGUCUCUUUCUCGGGCUCAUUGCUGUCUCUGUCCGUCAGUCCGUCUGGGGACCCGGGGUGGCGGCGGGCCGCGCGCGGGUCGCGAUGAGCGGCGCCUGCACGAGCUACGUGAGCGCCGAGCAGGAGGUGGUGCGUGGCUUCAGCUGCCCGCGGCCGGGGGGCGAGGCGGCCGCCGUCUUCUGCUGCGGCUUCCGCGACCACAAGUACUGCUGCGACGACCCGCACAGCUUCUUCCCCUACGAGCACAGCUACAUGUGGUGGCUCAGUGUCGGCGCUCUCGUGGGCCUGUCCAUAGCAGCAGUGGUCCUCCUGGCCUUCAUUGUCACUGCCUGUGCGCUUUGUUACCUGUUCAUCAGCUCAAAACCCCACACAAAGUUGGACCCAGGCUUAAACUUACAGACUACAGACCCUGAUGAGGUACCCUCUGAUUGCCAAGGUGGAAACAUGGGUAACUCGGUGGAGGUGUGAGGAGUGAGCCCUCUCAGGCAGAGUCACCCCUUCCUGAACUCCUGGCUGGACUGCAAUGAGGAGCAGGCUAAGGAUCCCAAACGCCUCCUCCAGCACUGCUUCAUGGCUACAGUGACCGCCGGUGACCGUCCAGGGAGCCCUGAGGAGGUUCCUGUCCCCAGUCUACUAUACCCAGCCCCAUAAACAUCCAAUAAAUGUCUCUCCACCAUC